AUGACUCGCUACUACUCGCUGCUGCCGCUUGCAGCCCUACUCGCUCUCUUCAACAACGUAUCACAAGCCAGGCCUAUCAACGAUGACCUAUUAGACCAAUACGACUACAUCAUUGUCGGCGGAGGUGCCAGCGGCCUCACCGUCGCCAACCGCCUGAGCGAGGACCCCGACGUCACUGUUCUCGUCCUUGAGGCCGGCCCCGUCGACCAGGAUGAGGAGUGGCUGCGCGCUCCCUUCUUCGUCGGCAACGACCCCAACCCCCCGGCCGGCGCCCUCUCCGGCCAUCUGGACUACGACUGGAACUUCGGAACCGAGGCUCAGACUUUCCUCGAUGGCAAAACGAGGCACUACCCUCUCGGCCGCGGUGUUGGUGGUGGAACUCUGAUCAACGGAAUGCUGUGGAACAGGGGCAACAUUGGUGACUACGACGACUGGGCAACCCUGAUUGGCGAUGAUGGCUGGGGCUGGGAUUCCAUGAUGCAGUACUUCAAGAGGAGCGAAACCUUCUCCGCCGACUAUUCGGCCGAGAACGCUGCCCUGUACCAGAUCCACAGCGGCGACUCGGUCCAUGGCUUGGCCCAGGGCGGUGUCAACGUCACUUACCAGCGCCACUUCUACACCGGCACCGAGCACUUUUACAAUGCGCUCAACGAGCUCGGCGUCCCCACCGAGGGUGACCCUAACGCCGGUGACAAUGCCGGCGUCUCCUUCCUACCCAUGACCAUCCACCCGGAGACGAAGCAGCGUGCCGAUGCCCGCAGGGUUCACUACGACCCCCACGCCUCGCGUGACAACCUUUACAUCUCCAGCGGCCAGUUCGUGACCCGCCUUCUUUGGGACGACAACUCUGACUGUGGCAAUGCUCCCGGUCCUUUCGCCAACGGUACCUCUCCUUCCGGCCAUGGUGGCUCCAAUGGCACCUCUUCUUCCGGCAAUGGUGGCUCCGACGGCACAGGCAGCUCGUCUUCUGUGGGUGGCAGCGACCAGGCCAACCCCUCGGAUCCCUCGAACCCCUUCAGCGCACCCUCUGGAUCGGGUGUUGAUGGCGUUUCGUCCGGUGCGCCCAAUGCCAACAGCUCGGCCUCGGGUUCUGCUUCUGGAUCGGCUUCAGGCUCGCACUCCGGCUCCAGCUCUGGUGCGCCCUACUCCAACGUGACCGUCCCCACUUGGGCCAACAGCAGCACGCCUUCGACCAGUUCCAGCGUUGAUGGCGCGGUCGGUAGGGGCAGGCACUGGGGCUUCAAGUCCACCAGCGUCGGCGCCGAGGACCUGAAGGGCGGGGUGGGCAUCUUCAACUUGUUCCAGACCGGCAGCCUCUUCGACCUGCUGAAGAGCUCUGCGCCCGCCGACUGGAACCCCGACUCGGGUGUUGAGAUUCACGAAGUCACGACCACCAGCUACACCUGCAACUGCCCGGACAGCACCUGCUCUGAGGACAACAGCACGCCCAAGAAACGCAGCACCAAGAAGAGCAAGCGCCAGCAGCCUAACCAGCAGUGCAAGCAGCGUGUGCAGGGCGUUGAGUACGCCGCGUCGGCCAAUGCCCAGCGGCGCACCAUCACCGCCCGCCGCGAGGUCAUCCUCGCCGCCGGUGCCGUCCACACUCCCCUGAUUCUGCAGCAAUCCGGUGUUGGUGAUGCCGACUUCCUCGCCACCAUGGACAUCACGGCGCGCAUCGACCUGCCCGGUGUUGGCAACAACUACCAGGACCACUACAUGCUGGCCAGCAACAACCACUUCGCCGCCAACGACGACGUCCCCGUCACCUACGCCGACAACACCGAGGCCAACCGCGCCGAGUUCUUCAACGAGGGAACCGGUCCCUGGACCGCCGGCCCGCCCAAUGGCGUCGCGUUCCCCUCGCUCAAGGACAUGUCCGACAACUUUACCGCCGUGCUCGAGUGGGCUCGCUCGCAGACGUCGGGCCAGCACCUGCUCGACGGUCUCGACGAGACUGUCAUCGCCGGCUACGACCGCCAGCACGAGCUGCUCGUCAAUGCCCUGAACGACGCCGCCCGUGGCCAGUUCGAGAUCCUGAACAGCAACUCGGGCUCCUUCACCUACUCGAUCAUGAAGCCCCUGUCGCGCGGCCAGAUCCGCAUCCGCAGCACCAACCCCUUCGACACGCCCGUCCUCGACCCGCGCUACGGCAGCAACCCCGUCGACCUGCAGUACCUGAUGGAAGCGUUCCGCUUCAACCACCGCCUCGUCCAGACGGACGCGCUCGCCGCGCUCCGGCCCGAGGAAAACUACCCGACGGCCGCGCAGGUCGCCGACGACGCGCGCCUCCUGACGCUCAUCAAGGGCGGCAUCUUCACCGAGUACCACCCCACGGGCACCACGUCGAUGCUGCCGCUCGAGCUCGGCGGCGUCGUCGACGCCAGCCUGACCGUGUACGGCACCUCGAACCUGCGCAUCGUUGACAGCGGCGUCAUGCCGCUCAUCCCCGCCGCGCAUCUGCAGGCGUGCGUGUACGGCGUCGCUGAGAAGGCGGCGGAUCUGAUCCGUGGUAACUAG